AUGGGUGUCAUGCUUCGCGGCAUGAUUAACAAGCUAGUUGAACUCAGCGUGCCCAACCCGACAGUAUGCGGAUUGAUCGUGAAAGGUUUCAAGUGUACAACGUACCGAUUAGACCUCAAAGCAAAGCAUGUGUACAGAAUGGUCGAAUUGCAAGAAUUCCUUCUGCCACAAGAAAGCUAUCAAGUAGGCUGCUUGCCGACUUGUAUCCAAGCGUUGGGGCAAGUUAAGCUCAACGCACCUUUUCAAGCUCACGACAUCCGGUAUCCUGGUAAGCUGAUAUGGCGCGUUAAGAAAAUCUGUAGCGAAUUCUACUAUCACGAAAUGAUGUAA